AUGGAAUCUGCCCAUAGUCAAUAGUCAGCAAUAUAUAUACACAUACAUACACAUAUAUAUAUAUAUAUAAUUUCUUUCAAGCAAAAUUCCAAUAAUGCAAAACGACAAAGUUGAUGACGUGGUGGUGGUCAUGGUGCCACUUCCGGCACAAGGCCAUCUCAACCAGCUGCUCCACCUCUCUCACAUCCUCUCCUCCUCCGGCUUCGCCGUCCGUUUCGUCGGAACGCCGUCCCACAACCGCCAAGCUCAGGUCCGGCUACAUGGAUGGAAUCCAGAAGCCACCUCAAAGAUCCAUUUCCAAAACUACUCCAUUCCACCUUUCCCAACUCCGCAACCAAACACCAACACCGCUGACAAACUCCCCGUCCAACUCUUCCCCUGUUUCUCCGCCUCCCUGCACCUCCGGCAACCCAUUUACGAACUCGUCAAAGAGUUAUCGGUUUCAUGGAGGAAAGUGAUUGUGAUACACGAUUCCCUCAUGUUCUACGUCAUCCAAGAUGUUUCUUCCGUACCAAAUGCCGAAUCCUACUGUUUCCAUAGCGUCAGUGCUUUUGUGUUGUACAUUAACAGUUGGGAUAGGGCGGAGAAACGGCCGUUUGUUCUUCCCGACGGCGUUCCGAUAAACGACCUCUUGCGCGGCGGCUCACAAGUCCUUGUCCCUGAAGAAAUCACUGAGUUUUUCAAGCUUCAGCAAGAAUCCAGGAAGCGUAAUUGGGGAAAUCUCUUCAACAGUAACAGAUUAAUAGAAGCCGAUUAUCUCAACAUCCUUGCUGAAGAAAAACUAUACGCCUCGGAAAAUCUCUGGGCAAUUGGUCCCCUGAAUCCCCUGUUUUUAGAAAAUCAGGAUUCCGAGAUAUUAUCUGAAAUUCGGCAUGAAUGUUUGGAUUGGCUUGAUACGCAACCCGGUAAGUCAGUAAUAUUCGUCUCUUUUGGGUCGAAUACUUCACUCUGCGAUGUACAAAUUGAGGAGAUCGCAAUUGGAUUGAAAAACAGUAACCAAAAGUUUAUCUGGGUUGUAAGAGAAGCGGACAGAGGAGAUGUUUUUGUUGAAGCAGAGGAUGGCCUGAGAGCCAGAUUGCCGGACGGAUUCGAAGAUGAAAUAGUGAAAGAAGGAAAGGGAAUGAUUUUAAGGGAUUGGGCUCCGCAAUUGGACAUUUUACGACACCCGUCGACGGGCGGAUUUAUGAGUCAUUGCGGGUGGAAUUCGUGCAUUGAGAGUAUCAGUUUAGGGGUAGCCAUUGCAGCUUGGCCGAUGCAUUCCGACCAGCCGAUAAAUGCAAUUCUGGUGACCAGAAUUCUGAGAGUUGGGCUAAUGGUUGGGGAAUUCGGGCACGAAGGAGAGUUGGUGAAAGCGGAUGUAAUUGAAAAUGCUGUCAGGAAAUUAAUGGAUUCGGCUGAAGGAGGUUUGAUCAAGAACAGGGCGGAGGAACUAAGUGAUGCCAUUAAGAAAUCUGUGAUCAAAAUCAAAGGUGGUUAUGGAAUUGAGAACAAGAGCAAGACAGAGAUGGACACUUUUAUAGCUCAUAUAACUAGAUGAUCAUUUUUGUUUACUUGAUUUCUUUCCAUUAAAAUGAAGAUCCAAUAUCAUAAAGUUUUGUAUCAUUCGUUUCUCAGAGGGAAAUGUCACCAUGUUUAAUUGUAUUACACUAUUACGUUAAUGGUUGUGCCAUGAACUCCAAGAGGCCAAAAUAUGUCAUAAAAUCCUCCCUUCCGAAAGUUCUUUUUUAUGGAGUGAGAUGUAAAUUCAAAUGCCAAUAUCUACUCAC